AUGUGGCAGGCGCUUCAUACUGGACCAACGUACCUAGAUAAGGCAGAGAAUCCUUUGAUAAUAGUUACUACACGCUCAGUGCUUCAAAAAUCAAGGGUUUGGUGGAUCCAUCCCCGAAUAAUCGCUAUUGGGCUUACAUUUUCCGCCAAUGGACCCGCGUCCACUGGUGUGCCUCAAGGUGGCGUGUUAUCUCCGACCCUUUUCAAUAUUUAUACGUACGACUUGCUCAGUCUCCUCUCUUCCAUCCAUGUGAAGUUUUGCGCAUUUGCUGAUGAUCUCAAACUUACUUUAUCGCCAAUAAAAUGUCAAAUACUUCUUUGGGUCCGAGGGAUUUCGUUCGUUUUGCAAUGGGAUCUGCCACUUUCUGACGUUAAAUCGAGG